ACGGAAGUGACGACAGACGACGAAUGGCAGGAGGUUUUGACCCGCGAAGGCCUAGUAGUAGUCGACGUUUAUUCGGAAUGGAGUGGCCCGUGCGCGGCCAUGAUCUCCACGCUCAGAAAGAUCAAAAUGGAGGUGGGCGAUAUUUUGAGUUACGCAGUGGCUCGAAACGACGGUAUCCAGGACCUCGAGCGGUUCCGGGGGAAGUCUGAACCCACGUGGAUGUUCAUUGAGAACGGAAAAAUGGUGAAUCUUUUUUUCGGAGCGAAUUGCCCGAAAUUCAUAAAAGUCCUUCUCGCUGAGGUUAAACGGGUGCAGGAGGGGGAGGAGCCCAGCUGGUCACUUCCGGUGGGCGAGAGGGGACCUGAGGAAAGUGUGAAAUAUGCUCGGGAAGAAAAAAUAAGACAAUCCCUAAUGAACAAGCAACUCGCCAAGAUCGAAGGGGAGAAGCGUGCGAUCUACGAGGCAUACCUCUACUAUAUGAUGUGCGAGUUAUCGGAGGAAACAGUGCUGAUACUGUACCCAUGGGUAUUCCUCGACGAUGCUGGCUACCCAAAAGACAAAGACAAAUGUCCUCCCUACAAGGAGUUGAUUUAUGGUCUGCUUCCAGAUCGGUUUGAUGUUCUUGAGCAAAGUAGAAUACAAUUGACUGAGGACAUGGUCAGGAAUAUGCUCGUAGAGACGGACAUUGAUAUUACUGAUGACUUGAUCGAAGGCCUGGUGGAGAAUAAGAUUCUGGCCAUGCGGCUCAAGGCCCGCCCCCCACCUUCGGAUUGGCCCGUUCCGUAUCCAUUCAAAUGCCCCGAGGACGAUAAGAAGUGUCCGAUGAGGGCGAUCAACGAUGUGGAGAAUUUUCUGGCGCUUAUUCUCGAGGAGCAACCCUCUGGUGAUAACAAGGAGGGUGAGGAGGCUCUGAGCUACGUCGAGAGGCAUAAAUGCGCGGUUAGCCGGAAUGAGGGGGAGGAGGACGAAGAGGAGGAGGAGGGGAGAGAAGUGGUGUAUCCUGCUGUUUUCUACCCCCCACAAGCUAGGAAUAAAGUUCACGUAUUCAAGACACUGUUCUCGGCUUACCUGGAGAAAUCUCAUCCUUAUGAAGAGCCAGUGAAGCUCGCACCCCUGUGUGCAUUCAAAUUCGACUCCAGUCAGACAAAAAUCGUUUUGGAUUCUUACAAUCAGUUUCUGGAGGUUAUAGAGAAGUUCGGGGUGUUUGAGUUCAAUGACUGGAGGGCGAGGCGAAUAGCGUCAGCACCCGAGGAUUUUAUUGAUAAGAUUCAAACAAAAACUGGAAACGAGAUGUUCUUAUUCGUCAUCCGUCGAGUCGACGAAGACACUUUCCUAGCAUUCGCGGGAAGUAAUCCUCUCGAGAUCGAAGAGGACGAGGAAAAAGUCAAUGAGAUCUUGGAUUUCUUCUUCCCUGAGGGCGCUCACGACUAUAAUCCUGAUUUAGUUCACGUUGAUGACACUUACGAUGAGUAUUUCGACGCGAGGGAAGAGGAAGAGGAUUAUUAUGAUGAGGAAUUCAUGGAGAAUCAUAAAUUUUCCAUUUAUUGA